AUGCUUCGUAAUUACGAAUGCUCGCUCUCCCGUCCUUCAGGCCAAGCUGACGCCAGAAUGCUCCAAGCAGUCCGCGCCAUUCCCGCCGACCCCGCCAUCCCCCCCGACCCCGCCAACCCCGCCGACCCCGCAAACCCCGACAUCACUACUAAUCCCGUCACUAUCACCGAUCCCGUCCCCGACUUCGAGCCGCAAGCCGCGGAACCUACCGACAUUGCUGGAGCUCCCGCUCCCUCCGAAAGCACCACCGUCGCCGCGCCGAACCCGAAAGCGAGAGGCCACGCUAACCACAAGGUCAAUGCCGCCAACCCCAAGGGCAAGGUCGAUGCGCCAAAGGGCAAGGCCCUUGGGGGUAAGGCUGCCCCUGGCGGAAAGCAGGCCCCUGGCGGAAAGCAGGCGCCGGGCGGAAAGCAGGCGCCGGGCGGAAAGCAGGCGCCGGGCGGAAAGCAGGCGCCGGGCGGAAAGCAGGCGCCGGGCGGAAAGCAGGCGCCGGGCGGAAAGCAGGCGCCGGGCGGAAAGCAGGCGCCGGGCGGAAAGCAGGCGGCAGGCGGAAAGCAUCAGGGCGCAGGCGCAAUCCGCGGACCAAAGGCGCAUCCCGCCCCCAGCCCCGCCCCCAGCCCUGCCGCCGGUCCCGCGGUCGCCCCCAGUCCCAGCUCGGCGGAAAACAAGAAGAAGCCGCUGGGGAAGCAGGUGGGGAAGGUGGGGACCGUCCUCCGCGGAUCGUCCGUCAUCACCGCAGCCGGCGGCGACGAGAACGCGACGGGCAACGCGAUCCUGACCCUGCCGAUGGGUGCAACGAUUAACAGCGGCGCCAGCAACGCGACUGGGCCGGCGGUGGUCGAUUUCGCCGGAGCUGAUUGGGUGAACACGACGGGCGUUGUUCGCACGCAGGCUGGUGACGUCGUUCUCGCGUCGUCCGUCGCAGAGAACUCGACGGAGGCGGCUGUCGCCGAGGCCGCGGACGACCAUCUCAGCUAUGCGACGACUGGAGUGUGGGAAGACGUCGACAACAUUCGCACGGCCUCUGGCGAAGCCCUUUCCACUGUGAUCGAUAAAAUUCUGGCUGACCCGGGCAGCUUUUACCUGGUUGUCGCAACCCCGAAUUUCAGCGAGGGGGCUGUGCGCGGGCAGUUGCGCAAGGGCACCGGCGCAACUGUGCUUCCGCCAGGCCAUCAGCGCCAGUGGGAGCAACGGGGGAAGAAGGCGGGUAAGGGGGAGAAGGGAAAACCUCCCCGCAACUAG